AUGGCUAUGAAGGGCAUCAGCCUAGGCCUGCACCGCAUCUCGAGAGCCCUUGAGGGCGUCCCGCAGAAGUGGGAUGCCAUCCACGUCGCCGGCACAAAUGGUAAAGGCACCACUUGCACGUAUAUCUCGGCCCUUUGCAAGUCCUUUGGCAUCUCAAAUGGCCUCUUCACCUCGCCUUACCUAGUCGAGCCGCGCGAUGCGAUCAAGAUCAAUGGCGUCUCCGUGUCGCAGGACGUCUACACCGACGUCAACCGCAAGAUCGUCGCCGACGACCAGGCCCGGCUGUCGCAGUCGCAGGAGGCCCUCAGCCUCUUCGAGGUGACCACCCUCAUCGCCUUUGGCGCCUUCAGCCGCGCCGACGUGCAGAUGGGUAUCGUCGAGGUCGGCCUCGGCGGCCGGCUCGACUCCACAAACGCCCUCCGCCGGAAGAGCGUCACCAUCAUCACCAAGAUCGGCCUCGACCACCAGGCCUUCCUCGGCAACACCCUGCCCGAAAUCGCCAAAGAGAAGGCCGGCAUCAUGAUGGCUGGUGUGCCGUGCGUGGUCGACGGCAGCAACCCGCCCGAGGUCCUUGAAGUCUUCCGGCAGCACGCAGCGAGCGUCUCGGCGCCGCUGCAUCUCACUACGAGUCAACCUGGUCUGCUCGAGAUUCUGUACGAGUCGGAGUUGAUGCCGCAUCAGGCUCAGAACAUGGCGUGCGCCAUCGCGGCUUUCCAGCUUGCGUACCCGCACCUCAACCUUUCCGUAGAGAAGGCGCUACCGAUUCUGAAAAACGUUGCCCAUCUAGGGAGACUAUCAUGGCUUGAUGUCGAGGCUAGGCAUCCGUCGCGGAAGGGGAACCCCAUUCUCAUCGACGGUGCUCACAACCCGCAGUCGGCCGAGACGCUGUCCACCUACGUCGAGCGACGUCUGCGAGAUGCCCAUAAGCCCGUGACGUGGAUUGUAUCAGUAUCAAAGCAGGACGGAAAGGAUGCCGGCGGUAUGCUGCGGACGCUUCUCAAGCCUGGAGACUACGUCGCUUGUGUGGGCUUCUCGCGCCGUGAGACGAUGCCCUGGGUUGAGCCUUUGCCGCUCGAGACCUUGAGGGAAAUGGCCUCGAGUGCGGGCGCCAGUGAGGUUUUUGAAAGCAAAGACGGUCUCGAAGCAGCUACAAGAUGGGCUGUUGAGACCGCUAAAGAUGACUCGCAACUUCCACCGCCACCACAUCACAUGAUCCACAAUACCCGGCUUUCCAUCGCGCGUACCCAGAUUCUCUACCAAAGUCUCCAUGCCAUGGCCACAACCCCGACCAACCUCAUCGUCGUCUGUUGCCACGGCAUCUGGACCGGCGGCCCCACCAACGGCCGCGCCGAGUCGGAGUGGCUCAUCGCCGACUUCCAGAUCGGCGAAACCCCGACGUUCGUCGAGCAUAGCAAGGCCGGGCUGACGGCGCUACGGGACGAUCCGGCUUCCGCGCUCGUAUUUUCGGGAGGCCCAACACGCAAAGAAACACCCCUCUCCGAAGCAGAAUCCUACGCCAACCUCGCCGCUGCAAACGCCUACUUUGACAUCCUGCCUCCUGCUCUUUCUCCUUCUUUCUCCUCAUCAUCUCCCCUUCCUUCCUCCACAUCCCCACCCAUCACCGCCCGCAUUCACAAAGACACCCUUGCCCUAGACUCGUACCACAACAUCCUCCACUCCCUCCUCCUCUUCCGCCGCCUCUAUGCCGUCUACCCCCGAACCCUAACAAUCGUGAGCCACGCCUUCAAGAGGCCGCGCAUCAUCGACGGCCACUGCGCCGCCAUCGGGUUCCCGCUCGAAAGGAUCAGGUACAUCGGGAUCGAUCCGCCGGGGAUGAAGGGGGCCGCCACCGCCACCGCCACCACCACCACCAUCGUCACCGCCCCUGGGGAGAAGGGCGGUGCCAAAGGGGGAGCCAUCGCGGGCGUGCAGCGCGCCGCGGACGAGUGGACAGAGGACCCGCACGGCGUAGGCCCGAGUCUGUCGGGCAAGAGGAGGGCGAGGAAUCCAUGGGGUCUAGAAGACUGUUUAUUCGCGAGCGACGAGGAGAGGAUACAAAGCGGCGUCGCUACCAGGAUCGUAGACAGCCACGAGGCGCUCGUAGAAGAUGCAAAGAGGCCGUGGGCUUAG